AUGAUCGCCGCGAGGCUGGCAGAGAGGCGCAGGGCCCAGGACGAAGGAGCUCUCGCCGCCAGCGCCGGCUGCGGCGGCGGCGCCGCCAGCGGGGCGCGGGAGCGGGUCGCCCCAGAGGCCGGCGGCCGCGCGGCCACCCCGUGCCCGAUCUGCGGCGAGCCGAUGGAGGUCGCCAGGUACGUGAAGAGGCUGCCGUGCGAUCACAUGUUCCACUACGCUUGCAUCGACGAUUAUCACAGGUGCCUCGUCGUGAUAGGAGCUGACUCGAAUUGCGAGUUCGGCAGGCGCGCGACAGGCGGAGGCGCAGUCCAGCUGACGGCAGAUGAUGUACUCCUCGGCACCCACAACACAGGCGCAGAGAACUUCACCAGUCAAGAAUUAUGGAGACUCAUGUCCAUGGAGGGGCUUGCGGUGGUGGACUCCUUCUACGCCACUGGCCCCACGUACUUCGGACAGGACCACUUCCCUCUGCUGUGGAGGCUACGCUACAAGCUGCACUUCGAUGUACCCGACACUGAGCUGGAGCCGCGCUGGGACCACGACUGCAUGGCGAAGUUGCUCAGCGACGAAGGCUCACUGGGGCUGAUCGGAGAGCUUGAGAGGCCCGAGGAGGCGAUGGUCGCAGACCUGCUGCGGAUCCAGAUCGAGGAGAUAGGCCACGACCUCACGCUCCGGAAGCUGAGAAUAUUGCACCUUCAGACGCAGAAGGACAUGAGCAACGCUUUCCCGUCCACUAGUCAUGAUACAUUGGCUGAUGUUGUUGGCGCGAUCAUCCCCGACCUUCAGGAUCAGCAGUUUCUCUCACAGAGGCACAAAGAAGCAGCGAUGGAGAUUCGAGCAGGAAACGAGACCACCUACCAUGUUCCUCAGCAAGGCGCCGGCAUGGGCGACGGCAAUGCGUGCGAGCUGUUUGCGAGGUCGUUCGCACGGCCACUGGGGGACUGGAGCCGCGCGCUGCAGGCCACGAAUUCGGACUCUCUGCGGAUUGGCGAGACCGAGGUGCCGCUCAUUGAGGCGUCGACCCUGAUCGAGUGCCCGUGCGCCAAGCAGCUCAUAGACUUAUAUAUGAGAGACUACGCUGAUGAUGUCUCGCAUACUCAUCCGCUUCCUGACGACAACCGUCUCCGUGCUGCGGCCCUCGCCUCCGCCCCCAACACCCUCCUCAAUGACAAGUUAUCCGAGCAGGGGGGAUUCGCCCAGAACGCCGACAAAGAGGUGGCUCUCCCCGUCUUCGUGGGCUCUGGAGGGUACACUGCGACGAGGGCCGUCCUGUCUGGGUCCAUCUUGAGAUUUCAUGGAGUUCCGCAGGCCCAGACGGAGUAUCUCGGGGGCGUCGAACAACCCACGAGGGGCCGCGGGGCUGAGAUCAGAGCUCGAGUGGAUGCGACCCGUUCGGCCUGGUGUAAGCUAGGUCGGUUCUGGAAUCAGCACACGGCCCUCAAGCUUGAGCGCAUGGCCUUCUUGAGGGUUCUCCACAGCGCGGCCUACUCGGGCCUUGAGACGAACAUCUUAGGGAAAAAGGAUUACAACAGGCGCUUGCGCAUUGCAAAUGCACGUACGGAGUUGCUGGUCAGACGCAUUCGAUACCGGCAGAACCUUGCACGCUACCCUGAGGCGUCGGCGCAGGCAGUUGCGGCCCUGUUCGGUCAUUUUCCCGCUCUACAGGGGCACUCGAUUAGGAACAUCUUGACCGAUUAUAGGAUCGCCACGGCGUUUGGCAGCAUCGACCCCAAGGGACUCCGCAGGGCCUACUGGGAGCAAGAGUCUAAUGAGCCUCUACCGCUCAUCCUCACCAUCGUGAGCGUCUUACCGAGGCCAUUCGGGCUCAAGUUGAAUUUCAGACGCUUGCUGCGCUGCAGCAACACAUACGAGAAGUGCACGCCCCUUCCAGCACCUGAUCUUUGCUUCGACGUCGAGUUUGGCAGAGCGGGCCUCGAGUACUGGGACAGUCAGCGCGCGGCGCCACCAGGAGGGCGCGACGUACUGACGCUGGCGGACAACCACUAUGGCUCGGCGCCCGCAGACGUGCAGCGACCCGAACACAUGCCGAUCGAGUGGAUCCAAGCCACCUACCCUGUGCUCAUGCGCCUAGCGCUGCGCCGCGAGCUCUCCAUCAAUCACCUCGAGGCGGCGGCGUUCAGGCAUGUGGAGAUGCCGAGCAAGCACGAGGUAGUCUUGUCGAUGCAGUUGACAGCGAAGUUCUACGGCCAGGAAGGGGCGAGGCUUCGCAAGGAGCACGCACGGCAGAUCCAGGCAGGCCAGCUCAACCACGCGGCCCUGAAGGAGUACGAGCGGCAGAUCAAGCAAGAGAAACCAGACAACUCCAAGCUGGCCGGCAAUAUCCUCCAUUGCCGCAUGCAGACCACCCGCUCGGGCGAGUUCGUGAAGGUGUGGCUCGCCGUAGAGCCGAUGCAGAUCGAGCAAGUGAUAGUCGACUCCCUCGUCCAGCUCGGAGGCAAGCACAAACGGACACGGUAUGCCGUCGACUCCCUCCUCGGCCGCAUCCCCCUCGAGAGCGAGUGCGGGUUCUCAGAUUGGCUCGACGGCUUCCCUGAUUGCACCUACGAGUUCGGUCGCGGCCAGAGCGAGCGCGACUGGGGCUACUCCCUCUGCGCCGAGCGAGUCGAGAACUUCAGCGGACCCCUCCUCUAUGUCCUCAGCUAG